AUGAACAAUGAAGAAGAAAACUGCGUGUGUGUAUUAGGGUUCAAAGAAUCAAAAGUGUUACAGAAUGAGGGGAAAACCCUUAUUUAUACUAUACCUAUUAAUACUAAAAGUGCUAAUAGGAAACCAACUAGGAAAGAAGCUGAUAGCGUGGCGUGGAGGACAGACAGAGUUGUUUUGGGCUGGAUUCUCGGGUCAUUGGCCGAUACUGUUGUUAGGACGGUGGCACGUUCUCACACCGCAAGAGAUGUGUGGGUGGAGCUGGACAAGAAAUUCGGUAAGGCUAAUGCUGCUCCGCCACAAGUACCACAAGUUGUGCUUGUGGAGACCGAGUAUGAGGAGCAGUUGCCUCUGUUGCUGAGAAAGAUACGCGAGGAGGAGUGGGAGGAUGCCAAAGAACACAUAACCAGAGAUCCGGGGGCCAUCCGAGACCAAAAAACUGGGAAAAAAGACACAUGUCUCCACUUAGCCGUGUCGGUGAACAAACCUUAUGCGUUCGAUUUCGUCCGAUUCCUAGGUGAAAGAAUGACCGAGCAGACAUGGCAAGCCAGGAACAGCCUCGGCGAAAAUGCCCUACAUACGGCCGUCCGGACUGGAAACGAUUCAGCCACGGCGUUCCUGUUGGAUGAGUUCAGCGAUCUGAUGCACGUGCGCAACAACAAUGGUGAAUUGCCGAUCCACCUGGCGAUCCAAGGUGCCAAGGAGGGGUCUAUUUGGUUGUUGCUUGGGAAAAUGGGCAAUGUUGUUGAUGAACAGACAGGUUUCAAGCUCCUGUGUAUGGCGAUCGAUGCCGAGCAUUUUUUUAACCAUACUAAUGCUCUGGCGCCCAAACAUCGCGACACCUCAAUAGGAAUACCAUCAGGGCCCAUUGUUUUACCUCCCUUCAUCCUCUUCAUAGCCUCUCGGAUCUCUGCCUCUCGGAUUAUCCUCACCAAGCAUCUAUUGGUAUCCUCAAAUGAGUCAACCAACUCCAGGGUAAGACCCUCACUCUCCCCAUUAAACAAUUUGUCGAAGUACUCUCGCCAUCUAUCCUUGAUCUCCCCAUCCUUCACCAGUGGCCGAUCCAACUCAUCCUUGAUGCAUUUGAUUUCCUCAGUUCAUCACUGCAAAAAAAAUGAUCAUGUGCUUCUCGUUGAGUCCCUCUUCAAACGCUUGAAGGACAAAAGUUUCAGCAACACAGUCCAAAUCUACAAGGACGCCAUGCUCACGGCUGUCGAGAACCGAAGUGAAACGAUAUUUAACGAGGUUUACCAGAUCUUCAACGAUAACCAAUUUGAGUUUAGUAAGUUGAAGGAUGCUUAUGAAAACACUCCCCUGCACUUGGUUGCAAGGUUGGCCCCACCGCACAAGCUCAAUCUUGUUUCUGGUGCGGCCCUACAGAUGCAACGUGAGAUACAAUGGUUUAAGAAAGUGGAGAAAAUGUGCCAUGAUGUUUAUAUAAGACAACGGAUCAACCUUUUCGAGGAAACACCCGACAUGAUAUUCACAUACGAGCACCAACAACUGAAAGUCGACGGUGAAGGGUGGAUGAAAGACACGGCCAAAUCAUGCACGAUUGCCGCCGCACUAAUCGCCACGGUUGUGUUUGCCGCCGCCAUCACAGUGCCCGGCGGCACCGAGUCGAGCAGCGGUUACCCAUUCUUCUCCCAAAAAAGGGCUUUCAUAAUAUUCGCAGUCUCGGAUGCCAUCUCCCUAUUCACGUCAACAACUUCACUAUUGAUGUUCUUGUCAAUCUUGACUUCACGCUAUGCGGAACAAGAUUUCUUACGUUCUACCCAAGAGGGUUGGAUACUCAUACCGGUGGCUGCUCUUGCUUGUUUUCCGGUGGCAUCAUUCAUGCGGCAACAGUCCCCGCUCCUUGUUGAUGUUAUCUACAAUACGUAUUGUCUUCAAAUUUUCAAGCAGAAGAAAAUUAUUCGCUCAAGCUUCUCAUUCUCCUCAUCCUGCUCACGCGUCCUCCGCCUCGACGUCGUAGCAUGGUAUCAAGAUUUUAAAAUAUCCAUCAAGGAAAAGGUCGAAAAACUGAAGGGAGUCAAAGAACAUCUAAAGUUAGGCUGGAAGACACUUCGUUUGGGAGCUUCGAGAUCGCGAAAUAGCGAAGUGUAG